AUCUGAUAUCAAUAAAUUUCUUUCUUUCUGGAGUCAUUUGUUGUUGGUUUUCUCUUAUGUUUCAUUUUUCGUUGUGAUUGAUUUGAUACUAUAUAAUGUAAACACGGCGAGAUCCAAGUUUCGUUCCUGAUAGAAUGAAAGCAGAAGUCAGCCUAAAUUUGUCAGAAAUCAGAACAUUGUUUGCACAAAGCAAAACUAGUUAGUUUCCUUCCUAAUAGAAUGCAAAAGAUCUGCGAGAUUUGAAAGAAACCAGAACAUAAAUGUGAGAGAUUCAAGUUAGAAAAUUGAGUUUGAUCCUGAUAGAAUGCAGAAAUCAGUCAUAAACUUGUCAGAAAUCAGAAAAUUGUUUGCACAUAGCUGAACUAGUUAGUUUCCUCCUGAUAAAUGCAGAACAUAAAAGCUGCAAUAGGGUUUUACAUGCCAAAAUCCAUUCAUCAUUAUCCAGCAAACUUUGUACGUGCGAAUUUCAAGCUCUUUCAAAUGUCUGAGGAAAAAACACUUAUCGAAAUACUCGAGGAGAACAACCCAAUUGACAUAGUUAAGUACAUGAACUUUGUACGUGCUCCUGAAUGUGGCGCUAUAGCGACUUUUUCUGGUACAACGCGUGACACAUUUGACGGAAAAACCGUUGUAACACUAAGAUACGAAGCAUAUGUUCCUAUGGCAAUCCGCUGUAUCAAAUCCAUAUGUACUUCAGCUCGAGAAAUAUGGAAUUUAAACUUAAUUGUUGUGGCUCACUGUUUAGGCCCUGUCCCCGUUGGUGAAACAAGCGUUUUUAUUGCCACGUCAUCUGUUCAUCGGGUUGAUGCAUUAGAUGCUUGUCAGUACUUGAUUGAUGAACUUAAGGCAACAGUACCAAUUUGGAAGAAGGAAGUUUAUGCAAAUGGUGAGGUUUGGAAGGAGAAUUCGGAGUUCUUGGAGAGGAGGUCCGAGCUUAGUGAGAACUUCCGGCCCCGCCCGUUGAACAGGUCUAGUGAGAAGAAGGGUUGUUGUGGUACCAAGGUUAGGGUGGAUGAAGAAAGAAGUAACAAGAAAAGUAAUGAAAAUACAGGAAUAAACCAGUAGAGAUAUCACUUGGAAGUUGUUUUCUUGAAGAAAUGAAGAAAUUUAAUCAGUAAGUUUUUGUUUCGCAAGGUAAGACAAAUUCAGUUGUAAACUUGUACUAUACUCUAUUGAUCUGAUCAAUAAAUUUCU